CUUGGCUUGACUUCGUUUCGGAACAUCCCUUCCGAAGUUCUAGCUUGUCAUCAUCCCGGUCUGAUACUCUCUUCGCAAAGGAUCAGUCUCAAGCGAACAGGCCCGCUCUCAGCUAGCAUCAUCACCUCAGACGCGGCAUGUCUCGCUGCUAUUUAAGCCAACACAAGCCUUUGUUCGUGCCCGAUUACAUCCUCAUGUACUCCCUAUCAGAACUUCCCUACUUUCCGCUGCCCUCCGGCUCGAGGGCGUGCGGGGUAAACAUGACCUACGAGCAGAGCGUCCGACUCUCUCUUGCAAGGGCCAAGGAGAUUACCUGCGCUGGUGAUCUGACAGUAGAGGACAUCGAGCGGACUUCGCGCAAAUUCUCGGAUUUGCAAAUCGACCCAAUCAAGCUUGUGGAUGGAGCGGCUGCAAGGUUCUUCACCUUUCAGACCAAUCUCGCUGCCGGUACCAUCUGUGUGUAUCUCAAAACUCAACCUUAUCUGAGGCAGACCGUCGAGGACAUUCUUCGCUUUGAGGUUCAGCCAGUACCGGACUCCCUUUGCCGAACCGUUCUUGACUUUGUCUAAGUGCCAACUACUGUUUGACUCAUGUUGGGCACGGUCUGGGCACGCUCAAGCUGGAGACGACAGCUACCCUCUUACCCGGGGGUGGGUUUGACCUCCACACACCUGCUCGCUCAGCCGCCAAGUCGGCGGUUGCAACUUGGCUCAGGGGCACUUGCACUGACCGUUUGAACCAAGUACUAGGUUCAUGUCGCCGACCACUCCCUUGUGUGGCAUUUCCUCUGUGGCUGUUUUAUUUGCGCAGCUUGGGAACAACCACGGCAUUCAAUCUUUCAUCUUCCCUAUCUCAGACGGCGAACGAACAUAUCCAGGAGUCGAAACCAAGCUUUUACCCAUGCGCAAUGGAACAUCCCCCGUGAAUCAUUCCAUCGCAGUGUUCAAUCACAUGCAACUCCCGGUGGAAGCGCUCUUGGGCUCCCUUGACUCGCUGGAAGAUGGCGGCUCCACUCAAGCGACGCACUGCAGCCAGCCUCUGGGUGCAAUCUGGCGAGCAGCAUCCGGGGGAUUGGCGCUCAGCUCUCUUAGCAUCGUGUCGCUUCUGCGGUCGAGUUACAUCGCAGCCAUAAUUGCAUUCCGUGCGCAGCAUGCGCCUAUUCUAGUCGCUCUCGCACAAGCGUUCGUGUGCAAGGCGCUGUGGAGCAAGACACCAGAUCUGGCCUCCCACACCAUCGCAUCCGCCAUGCCUUUUCCGUUGUCACCAAUGGCUCGGUGCGCGCGGUCUUUUCCAGUUCAGCGACCUCAUCAACCAGCCGGCGAGCCCUUCGCGUCUUCGCAAUGCUUGCCUCCAACCUGGGCGGUCUCAAGGCAUUCUACGAGGGAUUGGAAUCGCCGAAGUCGGAGAUCUACUUGUGGUGUCCGUCCGUCCGUCUUGGCCGCUUUUCGGCGUCCUCGAAGAGCUCAUAGAAUGAUACGCCUGGAGGGAGAACUGCUUGUCGGCCGUUAUGUGAUUCUUCCGCGGAAAAUCCACUGGUAUCUGGCUUAAUCAAGUCUCGCGGCGACGUCUUCUCUCGACUCAUUCUGCCUCGUACGGAGACCAUGGUGAGACCCAUCGGACAUUGUAUAGCCUAUGACGCUGCCGUUGCUGCCAAGCUGGACCCUCGAAUCAUCGCUGUCUACGAAACCGCAGCAGUCAGACUCAACGCAGCUUGACAAGGCUCUCAGCGAAGCCUACCCGUGUCUCGAUUCGUGGUUGGCCUUGGCCGUCACGCGAGCUGAGGCUGUUCCCAUCCUGUCGCCUCAGGAUUGCGGUCGAUUCGUCGAUUCUCUCUCCGAACACGACUCUUUCGACUGAAAAAGAGUUACUUCUGAUCUCUGAAAUCCUCCGGAUGCAACUGCGCCCAGUUUAUGAACCCCGUCUUCCAUCCGAUUUUGAAUGUCCAUCCAUGCUUCAGCAUCUUGUCGGCGGGACUGU